GUGUGUGUGUCAGCCGGUGAGGACACACGCGUGGCGUCAGAGCAUCCUCGGGACAUGUAGUUUGGAGCGUCGCUGCAGCGGGGACUUUUAUUUUUACUUUUCUUUUUUUUGGGGUUCAGUUUGAGGAGUUCGGGGAUCUUCAGGUCCGGGUCGCUGGAUUACAAACUUUGAUCAGUUUUUGGUGUGAGUAAAGAUUUCUGCAGAGAGGAGAGUAUGCAGCCUUCAUCAGGGAGUCACAGCCAUGAGGACUGUGUGCAGACUCAGCUGUGUGCCCAGCUGGAGUUCGUCCAGAUCCUGGUGAUCGUGGUGGUGAUGAUGGUGAUGGUGGUCGUCAUCACCUGCCUGCUCAACCACUACCGCCUAUCAGCUCGCUCCAUCCUCUCCAGACACGCCCCCGCACGACGGAGACACCUGCCGCUGGCCAACGAGGGCAGCCUGUGGUCCUCUGAGGGAACAGGGACAAACAGCGGUCUACAUGAGCACCAGGUGUACAACCCUCGCCCUCCAGACAGACCCGUCCCCUCGUCCUACCUGCAGAGGGAACCUCAGCUGGCCCAGUCCCACCCCCACCCUCCUCUGCAGUCCCAGCGCUUCCAGCACACCUACGCCCCGAGUCGCUUCCAGCCGACGUACCCGUACCUGCCCCAGAGCCUCAUCGACCUCCCCCCGACGAUCUGCCUCUCGGACGGGGAGGAGCCCCCGCCGUACCAGGGGCCCUGCACCCUGCAGCUCCGAGACCCGGAGCAGCAGAUGGAGCUGAACCGAGAGUCGGUCAGAGCGCCGCCCAAUAGAACUGUGUUCGAUUCCCACCCGAUAAACCCGUCAAGCGCCUGUUUGCAGGCCAGUCUGCAGGCUCCUCCUCCAAGCGUCCACUCUGGAGUCAGCGUACUGGAAGCCCAGGAGGCCUUGUCCCGGCAGCAGAAACCGGGUCCUCGAGUGGACGGAGCUCCCCCGACCUACAGCGAGGUGAUCGGGCACUACUACCACCCGACGUCCCUGACGCCCGGCCACAACCACCGGACUGUGUCGUCCUCACAGCCGCCCCCGUCCUCGUUCAUACACGGCCUGCUCCGACCUCCGCCUCAGCGGCAAGGAAGCGUGGACAACAGGAACGCCAGGAACACAAAGGAGAAAUCCCAGAAGCCUCAGCAGGUGUGACAGAACUGCUCUCCCCUUUUCCCCCCCAGACUGUUUCUGCUCGCCACUCGGGAAGUCGUCCAAGCAAACGAGGAAAAAACCUGGUUAGAUGUAGUCGCAGCGCGCACGCUGCUCCAGUUCCACGGGAUCAGGCGAGGACUUGGAGGGAGCUGGCUUCUCGAGGUAAGAACACCUGGAAGCCACUUCGCUCCUGCAGAGCACACCGCAGGAGGAAAACCUGCUGCUUCCUGUUCCACAGAGAAGAGGGGCAGAAGGCGGGAGCAGAAGCCUUCCUCUCCCCUCUAUCAGACUGUCAUCAGUAUAAAUAUUUACUCGUUC